AAAAGCCUCCGUAUUCUUUUGCACACGGUCUCUCUUCAACCGCUGCGUCCGGUCCUCCCUAUUCUCUCGCUCUCUGGUGCUUCGUAAGCGAAGAUAGACUACUGGUGAGUACGGUCUGGGGCAAACGCCACUUGGGAUGACACGCCGCUUGCCGGAAAACUACCUAAUCAGGUUUCCUCUCGCUGGACGACGCCCCAUCUUGCACAAUACGCCCGAAUUAAUGAGCAACAACACAUGGCUACCGUCGCCGCCACUGUUGCACCUUCUCAACAUUCAAAUCAAGCACCUGUUCAGCACAACUAUGGCACUCGUAUCCGUUCCAACUCUGUUCUAAGGCCUUCCGCUCGUCUCCGUCAGUCUCCUGGGCUUCCCGCAGCUCCUCGUAGGAUCCGGCCUGUACCCUCCAAGGUUAAAGCAGGGCUUUCUGCCCGAGAACCUCUUCAAGCAGCAUUGCCCCCCUUUCCCCCACCACAUGUGGUGUUGCAUUCAGAAGAUUCGAACAGCAAAGUAUUUCUUGCUAUCGGGAGAUCUUUCAUGUCUGUGAACAAUUGUGCUAUGACCAUCAAAGAUCUCGCGGAGAUGACAAUGAAAUUCGGUCUCAUGUGUCAGAAUGUAUCUGCAGCAGGUCAGGCAAUCACCACUUACAUUCGCAAUCAUCUGCAACGAUGUGAAACCCAACAAGAUCAUCCUUUGCUUCUUCGCCACACUUUAUCUGGUACUCCUUCUGAUGACGACUUAGCCCCUGCUCUUCAUUCACGCGUUGGUGGCGCUCAUUGCACACUCAACACUACUGAAGGUCGUAUUACUAACUUCAGAAGGGGUACCAUGGUCUGGUAUUUAAGCAAAGCAGCAGGAGCACCAUGCCCGUUCACACGGGCUGGCAUCCAACUGUCUGACUAUACCGAGAGUGGCAAGGUCGGCAGUGCGUCUAACCCGGGGAAAGAGCGCAAACGCGAACGGGAUCGGUUGCGUCGUGCACAACAAUGCGGUCAGAAACGCAAACGACUGCCCAGAGCGUGUGCCGAUAAGGGGGCAGACUCAGAUUCCAGCGACGAAGAAAAGAGGCCUCCGAAGGUGAAAUUAACGUUGCGGCUUAAACCUUCUUCGGCACCUUGCAGAUCAUCCGGUUCGCCCGAAUCUCAAACGUUGUCUUCUAGCGCCGCCCAGUCUCCUGAAAUCAUAGAUCUUUCUCAGGAUGAUGAUUCGGACACUGACUCGGAGAGCGAGUCCAUUUCUGUAGACUCAUCGGACAGCGAGGAUGAAGAAGAUGUCGGUGGGAGCCCUUGGUCGCAGUCGCUUACCUCGUUCCAUGCAUCGCCGGCGAACGACAGCCCUGUAUCACCCUCCGCAGAAGUGGGCCUAUCUGGGCACGCUUCAGCAUCUUCUCAGCCUUCUUCCCCACCUUCCAGCGAUUGGUCCGCAUCUCCGCCUCCUGAUUCCGAAGAUGAGGAGGAUGACUUCCAUAUCAGCAUGACAGGAAGUUAUCACAUUGUUUCGGAUUCAUAUGACGAAGAUGAUAUGGACUGGCAGAGUGAUCACUUGGGAGAACUAGACGAGACAGAUACUCAAUGGGGUGAGAGCCCUGGCCCCCGAUCACCCUCUGUCCAAUUCGUUGAGGAGGAAGUAACUGUCAAGCGGGAGCCACGCGACGUGCGAAGCCUUCUGGAAGCAUGGGAUGACUUCGACAUUACCGCAACGGACAUGAAAGUACUUGAUGUUGUUGCACAAGCUGCCGCUGGCAUCGACACUUCCAUCCAGCAGGUAAAGUUGGAACCCGUUGAGUCAUGGAAUUGGGAAGACUUUGGUCAUGCACAGUCUGGCGCCUUCUCAGAUACAUUAGGCGGAGACGAGUUUUUGACUAUCAAGCAGGAAGAGGAUGAUUCUACGCUGCCCUUUGAGUCUUUGGGCCCAAUUGAGAAUAUCUGUCAGUCACCGUUGUCACCUUCCCCAAGUUGUUCUACUGCUAGCAGCCCUCGCGAUUACACUUCGGAGAAUCCAAUCGAGUCACCUCGACCUAGCGGGUGUUUGUGGCAAGACGCUGAGAUCCUUGGUCCCGAUAGCGUCAAACCUCAUGACCUCGAGGAGGGAGCGUGGCAUAGCUCGAGUACACCUCGCGAUGAAUCAAGUACUGAAUUGAAACAUCCGGUUCCAGUUCCUACGCCUUCAUCCGAAUGUAACGAUUUCACGACCACUGUUGAUCAGGAGCAUCUUCUUUCAGAGCCUUCCUGUAGCACAACUUUGCCAUCGUCUGCCCCACCGUCAUAUGCCACUUCUUCGCCGGGUUCCAAACCGAAACCUCACUUGCCUCCCGUUCAGGCCUCCAAACAUGAAGUCGACUACUCUAUUGAGUCUGACUCCGAGGAAGCAGUCGUUGUUCACACAUGCCAGCCGUGUGUACCGGCAAUAUGUGCGACUGAAUUCGAAGGUGUAUCUGUCUACCAGAUGACGCUUGGAUCAUUCAUGAUUCUGCGCCGCAUUGAUACAGACUUUGUCAACAUAUCUCCAAUCUACGAUUUUCUUGGUCUCCCACACCCACCGUUGGACACACCGAACGCUGUUACAGUCUGUCAAGGAAACUCUUUGAUAUGCGGAACAUGGGUUCCUGCGCCAUCAGCACGGGAGAUGAUCGGUGACCAACCGUUGGUCAACGUUUUUCUCUCUGAUCAACUGAACGAGAGGUUCCCUCCUGCUCUGCGAGACUUUUACCGCUCGAAUACGCAGGGUCGAUCGUUGGGUUAUUUUGGACCACCCUUCCGCUCCACCAUCGAAGCAAAGCGUGAAUCCAACUCCUCAUUCAAGUUGGAGUUGCCAUCGAGAGAUCUCGCAACGCCCUGGGAACGUGGUGGAAUUUCACCGUGGGAUGUCGAAGAUCAUCUGUUGUCCGUGCAUCCACCUUUCGCGCUUGCCGCUGCCGCUCGACCACCGCCAUUGCCGUCUCCUGAGGAUGAGUUUGUGGUAGAGACACCCCUAAGUCCAACGGAAGAGGAGAUCUUCCGUUCGUUGUGUUCAGCACCGGAAUGGGAAUCGUCAACAUCUGUGGCUAGUAUGUCUGCAGGUGAUCGGAAUGCAGAGAGCAAUGAUCCUGCAACAAUAGAGUCUGUCUCCAGGGAGACUGUGCGUCGAGACCGGCCUCUUCGACGAUCGAAGAGGGUGGCGAAUGCGGCUGCGACCCGUUCACAAACGCGUUCCAGCAAACGAGAUUCCGGGAGCUCACUCUCCUAAACGGUCCUUUCUUCCCUUGGGUUUCUGGUCCACUGGUUGAUUUUUUUUUGAUGUUUCAAGAUGACUUAUUGACUUUCUUCCUGUUUCGCUAUCAAAAUUAGCUCGAGUAUAGAUCAUGUAUCCAUUAUCCGCGAUGACUUCCACUGCCUCUCUUGUCUCGCCUUGUUUCGUUCGCCUCGCUUUGUUCAUAUUGGGGCUGCCCUUGAUGACUCGAGCAGAUCAUCAUUUCUCUUUCGUUCUUCUUGAUAGGUCACUAGGUGGUGAUCUCCGCCGAUGUUACACAUACCCCUGCUCCCACGCCGUUCAGCUCUAGUCGUGCAUGUUGACUGGAUGAGCGGUGGCGUACUGCGAAUAGCCCCACUCAGCCGUAUAGUUCCAAGUAUCGUAUUGCCCUAGGUAUUGCCGUAUGUAUUAUGUACAGACUCAAAACAAUAGCAUCCAUUCUAGUAUGCCUGUGUGACGGGAGUCUCCAUGCUCCGCUGGCUGGCACAUGGGGGAGGCCAUUGAGAGCACCUGGAUGCAUAAUGCGAUGUUCCAGACUGUCUCUAUCGAACGCUAUUU